AUGGCCUAUAACAGACCUUAUAACCCUGACGAGCUGCCCAGGUUUGCGGAGCCCGAACACAAGGGCGGCGCUCCUCCUCGUCCCUCGCCCACUACGGCAUCCCACCCUCGUCCCUCGCCCGCUACGGCAUUCCACCCUCAUCCCCAGCGCCACGACUCGAGCGCCUCGUCGCACUACCCAUCCCGCUACGACAGCAAGCCUCAGCCCGCACCCCCUCGCCCGUCCGAUGAUCCUCGGCGCGAGGACCCCAGGCGCGAGGACCCCAGGCGCGUCGACUCUCACCGCCAAACCUCCGGCUCCUCGGCGGCACCCUCUCACGGCUUCGGCGCCACCUCCCCGCCGCCCACGAACCAACCCCGCCUGCAUCAGCUCAAGCGCAUGACCGAUGUUUUCAAGAAGUACGACGACGACCGCGACGGCUACAUCACCCUCAGCUUUGAGGAUUUCUUGUCCGAGAUCCUGAAGCAGCUGAAGUAG